AUGGAUGCUAAGACAGUUACCAAUACGCUCGCACCGUGGUUGACUGAAGCUCUGGCACUCGAAUCUGCAGGCAUGCCGCCCAAAGCAUUUUCUAUGGUUUUCGAAGGUGAGAAGGAUUCCAUGCAGCCUAUCUUUGACAUACUGGUUGAAGAUGCAUCAUGGCAAGACGCACUUGAGCUGUGGCCGGGUCGCCACAUUGUAUCCAACGAAAUACUGAGUGGCACAAGUUACAAGGACUUUAGUAGCUACUGGUUCAAAGAGCUUCCGGAACUGUUGAGGGACAUCAUCCAUGGCACCGGACCUAUAACAUUCGACCACUGUUCUGGACGAGACUGGAAUGCUCAGAACAUCCUUACAAUGAACAGUAAUUGUCAUAGUAUGGAGGACUGGGACAUGAGAUGGUUUUUACUGCGAAGUCGUAAAGUUGCUCCAUCGUUACCGCAUACAUGGCACACCAUGUUGGAGAAAUAUGUCUGCGAGGAUGAGAACGCACGUUCCGUAUGA